AUGGAUUUGGAGAUUAUAUGUGGGGCAUAUCAGACUAAGAUGAAGAGGAGAGCUGUAGGCAUCUGGCAUUGUGGAUCCUGCAUGAAAACAGUAGCCGGAGGGGCUUGGGCCUACAAUACCACCUCAGCUGUUACAGUGAAAUCUGCAAUUCGCCGUCUGCGGGAGUUGAAGGAUCAGUGAACAGUGGCUGGGGAGGUGGAUCCUUUCCAGAGGUGCAUGUGUCAGCAGAGUUGUUAAUAAAAGUUUUAAAUAAAGACA